AUGAAGACCUCUUCUUUCGUUCGAGCGGCUUCGCUGCUAUCCUCUCUUUUCGCCCCUCUCGCUCUUGCGCAGGAAACGUUCACCCACGAAGGCACCGGUAUUGAGUUCUGGCGCCAGACAGUCAGUGACGCCCAGACUGCAGGUGGUUUCGAGUGGGGUUGGGUACUGCCUGGAGAGCCUACUGGAGCCAACGACGAGUACAUUGGUUACAUUAAAGGUUCGCUCGAAGCAAACAGGCAGGGAUGGUCCGGUGUCAGCCAUGCUGGUGGCAUGCCAAACUCUCUUCUCCUCGUUGCAUGGCCGGAAGAAGAUGCCGUCAAGACCAAGUUUGUCUGGGCAGGUGGCUAUGUCGCUCCUGAGGACUACACUGGCAACGCGACUUUGACUCAAAUCUUCCACUCCGUCACCGACACACACUUCGAGAUCGUCUACCGAUGCGAGCACUGCUGGGUCUGGAACCAGGGCGGUGCUGAGGGCUCUCAGCUUCCCACUACUGAGGUCAACGUUAUCGGUUGGGCCCAGCAUGACAAGAUCUAUGACGGUACCUGGGUUUUCCACAACAAGGGACAGUCUCAGUUCGGCGCUCCUACCGCGGACGCGAGGAACGCAAAGUACACCGACUACCUCAAGUUGGUAGGUGGCCAGCCUUCUGGUGCACCUACACCGACCAAAUCUGGUCAGCCAUCGGCUACGCCCACUCCAACAGCACCUGUCAAGUGCCAGGGAUCGCCUGCUCCUUCAGGCUCCUUCGACUACAUCGUCAUUGGCGGUGGUGCUGGAGGUAUUCCCGUAGCAGACAAGCUUUCUGAGUCUGGCAAGAGUGUUCUCAUGCUCGAGAAGGGCCCGCCAUCUCUCGCCCGUUUCGGAGGAAAGAUGGGCCCUGACUGGGUCACUAGCAACAACCUGACCCGCUUCGACGUCCCCGGUCUUUGCAACCAGAUCUGGGUUGACUCUGCCGGUGUAGCUUGCACUGACAUUGACCAAAUGGCUGGCUGUGUUCUCGGUGGAGGCGCUGCUGUCAAUGCUGCGCUUUGGUGGAAGCCUGUUGAUGUUGACUUCGACUACCAGUUCCCCAACGGCUGGAAGUCAGCUGACGUCAAGGGCGCAAUCGACCGUGUCUUCAAGCGCAUCCCGGGUACCGACACUCCCUCCGUCGACGGAAAGCGCUACAAGCAGGAAGGCUUCGAUGUCCUAUCUGGUGCACUUGGUGCAGAUGGCUGGAAGAGCGUCGUCGCGAACGACCAACAGAACCAGAAGAACCGCACAUACUCUCACUCUCCCUUCAUGUACGACAACGGUCAGAGGCAAGGUCCUCUUGGCACUUACAUGGUCUCCGCCCUUGAGAGGAAGAACUUCAAGCUGUGGACCAACACGAUGGCCCGCCGUAUCGUUCGCACCGGUGAUACUGCUACUGGCGUCGAGCUUGAGAGCGGUGUUGGCGGCACUGGCUACUGCGGUACUGUCAACCUGAACCCUGGAGGCCGUGUCAUUAUUUCCGGUGGAGCUUUCGGAUCCUCCAAGGUUCUCUUCCGCAGCGGCAUUGGACCAAAAGACCAGUUGAGCAUCGUCAAGAACAGCGCCCUCGAUGGCUCGACCAUGAUCAACGAGUCUGACUGGAUCAACCUCCCCGUCGGCCAGAACUUGAACGACCACGUCAACACCGACCUUGUAAUCAAGCACCCCAACAUCUCCUUCUACGACUUCUACAAGGCGUGGGAUGCUCCCAUCGAGAGCGACAAGGAUCUGUACCUCUCCAAGCGCUCUGGUAUCCUUGCUCAGUCUGCGCCCAACAUUGGUCCCCUCGCUUGGGAAGUGAUCAAGGGAAGUGAUGGCAUUGACCGAUCACUCCAAUGGACUGCUCGUGUUGAAGGCCCCGGUGCCAACGACACCCACCACCUCACUAUCAGCCAGUACCUAGGCCACGGCUCUACCUCGCGUGGUGCGCUCUCCAUCAACGGUGCUCUCAACGUCUACGUCAGCAAGGCGCCCUACCUACAGAACGAAGCCGACACCGGUGUAGUUGUUGCUGGUAUCAAGAGUAUGAUGAAGGCUAUCCAGAAGAACCCGAUGAUCGAGUUCCAGGUACCAUCACCCAACAUGACGGUCGAGGCAUACGUUGCCAGCCUUCCCAAGACACCAGCUGCCCGUCGCGCCAACCACUGGAUCGGAACCGCGAAGAUUGGAACCGACAGCGGUCUUACUGGCGGAACAGCCGUCGUGGAUCUGAACACUCAGGUGUACGGAACGAAGAACAUCCACGUCGUCGACGCGUCUCUCUUCCCUGGUCAUAUCUUCACCAACCCUACGUCUUACAUUGUCGUGCUCGCAGAACAUGCUGCUGCUAAGAUCCUUGCACUUGGUGCAAGCAGUGGAGGUGGUAAGCCUUCGUCGUCUGCUCCGUCAUCCGCCAGUACCGCUAAGCCCUCAUCUUCCAAGGCUCCGACUAGUUCUUCAGCUGCCCCUGUGAAGCCCUCGUCCACACCAGGAAAGUCAUCGGCUGCGCCGACCAAGACAUCUGCAGCACCCUCAGCUACUCCUACCAAGGCUACCCCUACCAAGACGGCAAACGCCUGGGAACAAUGUGGCGGUCAAGGCUACACUGGUCCGACAGCUUGUGUCAGCGGAUACAAGUGCGCAGUGAAUAACACAUGGUUCUCUCAGUGCGUCCCUAAAUAA